CAUUUCUUUCAGCCACGGGCUAAUUUGCUAAACAAGGGGUCUCCAUCAGCAGGAGGCGGGGAAGACUGCGGGCAGCAGAGAGAGGCAGUCGAAUUACCUUUCUGAGGAGAACCGUGGAGCUCUUCCACACUGUAAAGUGUUAAAAAACGCGACACAAUGUCUGAUUUUGACAGCAACCCGUUCGCAGACCCGGACUUCAGCAACCCUUUCCAGGAUCCUUCUGUGACGCAGGUGACUCGGUCUGCCCCACCUGGUGGUUUGGAGGAAUAUAACCCCUUCACAGAUGCCAGAACGGCAGCCCCUGGAAAUGCUCCCAAACCUACUCCAGCCCCUUCCCAGAACACGCAACCUGCCAUCAUGAAACCUACAGAAGAACCACCUGCUUAUUCACAGCAACAGACUCAGCAGAGGCGCAAUGAGGACCAAGCACGUGCUCAGGCAGAGUUGUUGAGAAGGCAGGAGGAGUUGGAGAAGAAAGCAGCAGAGCUUGAUCGUCGGGAAAGAGAAUUACAGUCCCAUGGAGCCGCGGGAGGUCGUAAGAACAACUGGCCUCCAGUGCCAGAAAAGUUCCCCGUUGGCCCAUGUUUCUAUCACGAUAUUGCAGUCGACAUCCCUGUAGAGUUCCAGAAGACGGUCAAGAUCAUGUACAACCUUUGGAUAUUUCACGCCGGCACACUUUUUGUGAACAUGUUUGGCUGCUUAGCCUGGUUCUUUGUGGACGCAAAUCGUGGCGUGGAUUUUGGUCUGGCAAUCCUAUGGUUUCUGCUCUUCACCCCCUGUUCCUUUGUCUGCUGGUACAGACCACUUUACGGGGCUUUUAGGAGUGACAGCUCAUUCCGCUUCUUUGUCUUCUUCUUCGUCUAUAUCUGUCAGUUUGGGGUUCACGUCCUACAAACCAUCGGCAUCACCGGCUGGGGAACAUGUGGCUGGAUUGCAGCUCUAACUGGUCUGAACACCAGUAUCCCAGUGGGCAUCAUUAUGUUACUGAUCGCUGCUCUGUUCACUGCUCUGUCUGUGGGCUCGCUCAUCAUGUUUAAAAAGGUGCACGCGCUCUAUCGUACCACCGGUGCUAGUUUUGAGAAGGCUCAGCAGGAGUUCGCAACCGGAGUCAUGUCGAACAAGACCGUUCAGACGGCGGCCGCUAACGCCGCGGCCAAUGCUGCAACCAAUGCUGCUCGUGGAGCCUUCAAACCUCAUCCAUAAACUGACACAUGCCCACACACACACACACACACACUCAUGCUUACACGUACACACUCAUGCUAACACAUACACACUGAUAAGAUGGAGAUGCACAGCUCUGGCCCAGUUCCUCGGAUCAAACAUAUAUACAGGAAGGUGUCCAGAGCUGUCCACCCUCACCUAAAAGUCAGUAACACAUCCACCAUGUCUGCUUCUCAGUCAGCUGACUAUAUGCUCACGUCCCUUAAGUUGUCCACUUAGCGAGUUAAGGUGUUCUCUGAGUGUGUGGGAUUUCAUGUCAAUUUCUUACUCACUACUUCGCUCCCAUGUCAUGCUGAGGUGAUUCUACAUCAGGCAGAGAUUGGCAUUUCUAGCAUACCUUAUUUUUGUCAUGGUGACGACCUGCAAACCGCUUCCUGCCUGGUAAACACAGUGUUGAGUUCAUGGAAAAGUGAUAAUCUGAUCACGGUGUUGCACAUGAAUUUGUUUUCUUGAUCACGUACUGAAACGACGAGUAUAUGUUUGAAUGGCUGCGGCUGUGUGUGAAUGUGUACUUCACUUAAAGAAAAAUGUGGCUCCAGUGUGGAGGGUUUUUUUUAUAAUACAGUGCUUGGUCGUGGAGAUGUGAAAGGUGAAUGUCACCUUCGACUAUAUCAGCGCUUCUAAUCUCAGACAAUACCAUUGUGAUGAUGGUAAAAUGUCAUUCUUAAAAAAAUAAAAUAAAAAUGGGAUUAUGUGUGUAUGUAUGUGAUGAAAGGACCUGCCCGCAGUCCUUUCAACAGUGCUCCGAUGACCUCUGUGUGCUACUUUGUUUGGAAAAGUGGGCGUGGUCGGCAUCUCUGUAGCUUACUAAGAUGUGACAGCAUGAAAAUGACGUGCUUUGACAGCGGAAGAAUUUCUUCCCUCGUGUAUUUUCCAUCAGUUUUCUGUGAGAAGCGAGUUAUAAAACUACUGCAUGUCCCAGUGGCUGUUUUGACAGGUCACCAGUUCUCACCACUAACGUUUAUGUCGUUCCGGUGCUUUCAUGGCCUGGUUCAGCAAAAAAAAAAAAAGCAGAGAACGCCCUUUCCUUUAUGUACGUGUGUAUGUUUGGCAUUAACUGUGUGGCUCUCUCCUCAGUUGUUUUCUUUCACACUUGGUUAGAAACUAACGCGCUAAUGAGUCUGAGAGUUGCCGAGUCGUAGCCUCGUGUUUCAUGUUUCCUGUUGAUGGAGGACACAUGGUCCCUACAGAGUGAUUACUGAGAAAUGUGACCUGGCUUUUCUCACUGAAGACGACCUGGACAGUGUUAAAGCUAUUCCUUUAGAAUACCCUGUAUAGAAAACAUAAUAAAUACACUGAUACUGAUGAUUUUUUGUUUUUGUUUGUUUUUUCAGUAUUGGAUUACUGGCAACAGACGUUUCAUAGCCAAAAUAGAUUGGACUUGAUGCACAUUCUAUGUCAUCACUAAGAAAUGUUAAAUUUAUACACGAUAGCGUUGGUGUUUUUCAGCACAAAGUUGUACAGACUACUGUCAUUAAGGUGAAAUAUGGACGUGGAUUACAUUAAUGUUGUGGUUUAGCACCUCAUAGUGGUGAAGAGUGGAGAUGUGCACAGUAGAUGACUGAUGACUGGUAUUGAUGUUACACACACGUGUGGAAUUAUAACGAUGUCGUGGGUGAAAAACUUGAGGAGAAGAUCAACUUUUCAUGAAGUAGUUAAGCCUACGUCUUGGAAGCAGUUUAUGUUAUUUUUGGACAUCAUAUCUUUAAUGUAUUGCACAUUUCUUGUUUUGCGUCAAUUUUCAUGCAAAAGACGAACAUCGGUUUUAUUUAUGGCGUAAUUUAUGUCCUUUGCAUUUCAGUUGUGUUUGGUUUUGGUUUUAAAGUGUGUUUUUGUAAAAAUGACAUGAUCGUAGCAUCAGCUAGAUUUAAAAAAAAAAGAAAAGAAAAAGUGUUAAAUGACUUGCGAGUUGUGUAUGUGUGGGUAAAACUGUGUGUAUGCUUGGUGAACGAACAAGGAAAAUCGCCCUCAAGUGUUAUUCUAAGUCCUGAAAAGCUGUGAGAGAUCUACCAAAUGUCAUGUUUUCCAUCUUGGUUUGUGAUGUGUUCCCUUAUCAUAUUUUACUUUAAGGUAUUAACUACUUUGCUACGUACACUGACAGGAUUUCCAUGUAUCUAUAAUUUGAAGCAGUUGUUAAAUGAAACCGUGCCACAGUGAAUAUUUUGUCGACGUGUUUGAUGAGCUGGCCCGCAGUGCCAGUGAUGUGUUUGAAGUUUGCCGACAACAAACUUUGUUUUUGACCACUGGCCUUUUUACUUCACUGAAUUAAAGAAGAAAGUCAUUCAAAAGGGACACUUGUAUAUUUUGUAAAAUUGAAAAUUUGAUCUCCAUUAUCAGAAACAUGUAAAAAGAAAAUGUAAUGCACUCUUGUCUGGCCUUUGUCGCAUGUGAAAUAGUUUGAGUUUUGUAUAUUUAUGGUAUUAACAUUAAAUAAAAUUUGAAAGAAA